AACAGAGUAUCAAAAACAGAGAGAGAGAGAGAGACUCUGAUAAUCUCAUUCACUCACACAAAUCCCAUUCUCUCUUCUCAUUUCACUCUCCGCAAGCGUUCAAAGCAAACGGUGAAGGGCGCGUAGUCAAUGCCAGGCUCGUGAAGGAACAAAAAAAGAAAAGAGUGAACAAGUCAAAGAUGGAGUGCCUUGGGCUCGGAGCUCGAAACUUCGCGUCAAUGACGGUGCCGUUUUGGCCUGCUCUGAGGUUUCCUGGAAUAUCACUGACCAGAAAACAACCUUUGUUUCGCCGGUGUGGUUUGUACAGGCAUUUUGUUCGGGUGAGGGCCAAUGCAGGGAGCGAGAGCUGCGUGGCCGUCGAUUUCAAAGAAGGUUUUGCUGACGAAGAAGACUUUGUCAAGGGCGGUGGGUCCGAGCUCCUCUUUGUCCAAAUGCAGCAGAAAAAGCUCAUGGAAAAGCAGUCUAAGCUCGCCGAUAAGUUACCAGCUAUAUCAAUAGGGGAGAAUGUACUGGAUUUGGUGGUGAUCGGUUGUGGUCCAGCUGGGCUUGCUCUGGCUGCAGAGUCAGCCAAAUUAGGACUCAAGGUUGGACUUAUUGGUCCAGAUCUCCCUUUUACAAACAAUUAUGGCGUGUGGGAGGAUGAAUUUAAAGAUCUUGGACUUGAAGGGUGUAUUGAGCAUGUUUGGCGGGAUACCAUUGUGUAUCUUGAUGACAAUGAUCCCAUUCUGAUUGGCCGUGCCUAUGGACGUGUAAGUCGACAUUUGCUCCAUGAGGAGUUGUUAAGAAGGUGUGUCGAGUCAGGUGUUUCAUAUCUUAGUUCCAGAGUGGAAAGGAUUGUUGAAGCUACUAAUGGCCACAGUCUUGUAGCCUGUGAACACGAUAUUGUUGUUCCCUGCAGGCUUGCUACUGUUGCGUCAGGAGCAGCUUCAGGGAAAUUGUUGCAGUAUGAGGUGGGUGGUCCAAAGGUGUCUGUCCAAACGGCUUAUGGUGUGGAGGUUGAGGUAGAAAACAAUCCAUAUGAUCCCAGCCUUAUGGUUUUCAUGGACUACAGAGAGUACAUGAAACAAAAAGUUCCAUAUGUAGAAACAGAAUAUCCGACAUUUCUUUAUGCUAUGCCCAUGUCUCCAACAAGAGUGUUCUUUGAGGAAACUUGUCUGGCUUCAAAAGAUGCAAUGCCCUUCAGUUUAUUGAAGGAAAAACUCUUGUCAAGGUUACAGACAAUGGGGAUCCGAAUUAUAAAAACUUAUGAAGAGGAAUGGUCAUAUAUACCAGUUGGCGGAUCCUUGCCAAAUACAGAGCAAAAAAACCUUGCAUUUGGUUCUGCUGCCAGUAUGGUGCAUCCAGCCACAGGGUAUUCAGUUGUGAGAUCUCUCUCAGAAGCUCCAAAUUAUGCUUCUGUAAUUGCAAAUAUUUUGAAGCAUGGUCAUUCUACAGAUACUCUUAGUCGUGACAAAUAUAAUGGGAACAUCUCAAUGCAAGCUUGGAACUCCCUUUGGCCACAAGAAAGAAAACGUCAGAGGGCAUUCUUUCUCUUUGGACUAGCGCUGAUUGUGGAACUGGAUAUUGAGGGCAUUAGAACAUUCUUCCGUACUUUCUUCCGGUUACCCAAUUGGAUGUGGCAGGGAUUUCUUGGCUCCACCCUCUCUUCAGCAGACCUCGUAUUGUUUGCCUUUUAUAUGUUUGUUAUAGCAUCGAAUGGUUUGAGAAGGUGCCUUAUCAGACAUCUUCUUUCUGAUCCCACUGGAGCAACCAUGAUAAGAACCUAUCUUACCAUAUAGUUGUAUCCUUUGAAUGUAUAUAUAUAUAUUUUUUUUUCCUUGUUAGGUUCUAUUAAAAGAAUAUAUAAUGUAGACAACACUAGGAGCCCACCCAGUUUUUGAAAAUUGUUAGGUGUUCGUAUGUAUAUAUAGAUUUCGUGCUUUUUGUUCA